AGGUCCCUUUAAAAAUAUUGACCUUGACCUUUGAGAAAAAAAAAACGAAAGUAGACAUGGCGACCAAAAAGAAGCAAGAGUGAGGCGAUUAUAGAAAUGGCUCCAGUUAAACAAUGGUCGUUUCAAUAAUUAUACAAAGAUGACAGAAAUAAAUGAGGAAGAAUUAAAGAAACGGCAAGCUUAUAUCAGUAACUUGAAAACAUUUCUGGCUGAACAACAGGAGAAAAUAUCUUUAACACUAGAAACUCUUGGAUGGAGUCCAGAACAUUUCAUCAAGCCCCAGAAUAAAGCUGUCUGCCCUUUUGAUAGGAAUCAUGUGAUACCAGAAGACAAAUUUGAAAAACAUAAAGAAAAAUGUGAAUUAAAAUCGAAGGGUGUACCUAAUUACCUACUGGGAGAAGUUAUUGAUGAAGAAAAAAGGAUUAAAAAAACUUCAGUAAAUACUGUGAAAUUAGAUGAAGCUGAAUUAAACAGUAUUUUAUGGAAUCGGGCCGUAGAUUGUGGUCAAGUUUACACUGGUCAACGAAAGCUACCAACAACACACGAAGAUGAGAAAGUUAUACUGAGUCCACAAGAAAGACUGGCUAUUCAUGAACAUAUAGUCUCUGAAGCCAAGUCUCUUGGUCUCAUGUUAAAUGUGGAUAAGGAUGAAAACUUGACGACAGAUUGGGAAAAAAUAAUCAAGAAAGGUGUUUUGAAAGGUGAAGGAGAUGAUGACUCCUUGUCAUUAGUACAGAAAUUGGCUGCAAUCAGAGAUUUUAAGCGAAGACGACAGAGUUACAGGGCAAAAAAUGUCCACACCACUCGUAAAUCAUAUACUGAGAUAAUACAAGAAGUUAUCUCAAACCAGAUGGAGAUGUGGGGAGCAGAAAUAAAAGGCGAGACAUUGGAAGGCAAGGGUGAAGGGAAGGGGGUUAUAGAUGAGGCCAGGGAUAGGGGUAGAGGGGAUAGCGACAGGUAUUGCUAUUCUGAUAGGGGUAGAGAGGGAGGAAGGGAUUCAGAUAGCGGAAGAGAGGUAGUAAGGGAUUCAGAUACAGGCAGAGAGGUAGUAAGGGACUCAGAUAGGGGCAGAGAUACAUAUAGAAGCCAUUAUAAGGAUUAUGGUAGAGACAGGGAGAGAAUUAGGGAUAGGUCACGCUCAAGAGAAAGAGACAGAUCGAGAAGAAAUCAGCCAAGGGAUCAAGAAAAUAAGAAAAGGGAUAGAUCUGGGGAUAGGGAGGGUUCUAAAAGGGAAAGAUCUGGGGAUAGGGUGGGUUCUAAAAGAGAUAGAUCUAUGGAUAGGGAGGGUUCUAAAAGAGAUAGAUCUAUGGAUAGGGAAAGGGAUAGGUCUGGGGAUCGGGAGAGUUCUAAAAGGGAUAGGGCUAGUUCUAAAAGGGAUAGAUCAAGAGAAAGAGAGAGGGGGAAAAAAUCUAAGAAAAAGUUGAAAGAAAGAAGAAGAUCUAGAAGUGAAGAACGAUAUGAAUCAAAGAAUAGAAGAAGGAACAGAAGUGAUUCUGGAUCGGAAACCUCGGACAAUAGAUUGGAAGAAAGAGAGACAACCUCUGUUUAUCAACCUGUUACAGAUGAACCAGGAGACAGUAGGGAUGUACAAGAGAAGGACAGAAUAAAAGAAGAAAUAAAAGAUGAAGAGAAAACCGAAGAAAUAUUCUCUGAUAGAAGUAUCAAAACAGAAAAAUCCAAAGAAUCUAGUCGUCAUCAUCACAGUCAUCAUAAAAAAUCCAAGAAGCACAAACAUAAACAUAAAUAUAGACGUGGCCGAACUAGUAGUAGUUCUUACGAUUCCAAUCACACACCGGAUUCUACCUAGAAAACAGGACCGGAGGGGACGGGGAAUUCUGAGUUUUUAAAAUACAGAUGUGACAUCAUCCUUUGAUGUUGGGAUACCAUUAUUUCAAAUAAUGGUACGGGCAAAUUGUCAAUCGAACAUUAUUUAUACUAAUGAAAUACUGGACUCGCGUGACCCAUUUCAUUUCAAAAGCAUGUGCAGAGUGUCUGUAUUUUAAGUCGUAUUUUAAGGCCUAUGUCCCUUUUGUUGUUACAAUAUAUUACUUAAUGUCUCGCUCUCGACCAUUUAACAAUACAUAACGUUUGAAUUUACAUAACAGCGACUGUCUUUUUUUCCUGUCAGUCCCGCUAACUAAUGUGGUGUAGGUAAAAAUAUGAUGUAAUCAAACAGCAUUAUCCAUUGGUUGUGAUCGUAUCAAAUUCUCAUCUUUACUUGAUUGUCCCACUAUUGGGGUUGCGACGGUUUAAUUCGGGAAUGUUCAGUCUAAGAAUUCCCCUGUGACUUAGAGAAAAUGGUGAACUUUGUUAAUUAAAGGGAAGAUUACUCUUGGUUGUUGCUUUAAAUGUUUAAUUUUCAUGUAAAAUAAAAACUAAGAAUGUAAAAAGUCGUCACUUUCAUAUAUCAAGUAUCCUCCUGCCUGUAGUAUUUACAAACAUGAUCAAUCUUAUUAAAAUACAGAUCUAUAUUUCAUUUCGUUUGUAUAUUCUUUCGAUGGCCUACACUAGAUGAAGAUCUGACAAGUUGUACUGGAAGGUGGCGUCAGAAGUCAUACGAGCAGCUUUUAUGACGUCAGACAUUUGAUUAACCAAUCAGCAUUGAUGUUUCUAGUGGUUUAUGGUUUACCCACAGUUCCAUGCACCUCACGCCAAAAGCACACCGUAACAGACUGUUUCAUUGGCUGAGCAAAAUAGGAUCUGUGUUUUAAUCAGAUUGAAACAAGAUAUAACAAUAUAAAUGGGGGGGGGGGGGCCGAAUGGUGCACGCUGUAUCGAAAAGUCUGUCAUUGAGUCAACUGGUGUGGUUUCAAUUCCCUGGUUGUACAUGUCAAGGAGUAGUGUCGCCUGUCCAACCUCAUGGGUUUUCUCUGUCCUCCGGUUUCCGACCCACUGCUAAAGACCCCUACGCGCAAGGGAAUUAUUGAAAUAAAAAAAAAAAUAUGUUAGCCCUGAAAUGACCUAGUUUGUGUCAAGUGGACGUUAAACCCCAUUUCUCUCCCUCUCCCUAUAAAUGGGGGACGCGAGACUGAGUCGAUGCCACCCAUCUUUGAUGGCUCUGUUUAUAAUCUGAUUGAAUCGAAGCGUAGAGGGUAAAAUCUUUGAUGGCUCCGUUUAUAAUCUGAUUGAAUCGAAGCGUAGAGGGUAAAAUCUUUGAUGGCCCCCGUUUUUCAUCUUCUCCAGGUAUUUGGAUUUUAUUUUUCUGAUUAAAUGUUAAAGAUACAUUAUGUAAGAACAAAAUCUGUCUAUUACAGGUUUUUAUUUUGGCUUCAAAUGUUAUAUCAAUUAUUAAUUCAACAUUUAUUCACAUGACAAGACCAUGAUCAACUCUCUAGGCCCUCGGAUGGCGCAGAUGUAAACGGAUUAAAGUACGAUUGCCAUUUAAUAAUUUGAUCUAAAAAUGGCGAGGCGAGGCUGAGUCUAGAUUAACAAGUAAUGUUGCUACGAUAAUAAAAAAUCUAUGUCAAAACGUCGCUCAGAAUAAAGUGAUUUGGAUGAAUUAAUCAAUAUAUUCAUUUUAUAUUAUCUAUUUUUAAACUAUUAUAGCAAGAACGGUCAGCUGUGUAUCUAAAUAUACAUAAUGUAUGUUUAAUAAUCAAUUGGAUGAUAUUUUAAAGUAUAUUAAAUCAUGAACACAUUUUAGAGUCUAUUAAACCAUGAAGAAAUAGUAAUUGUCUGAAAUAUUUUAAUGAAAAUGUGGCUUUAAUUUAAUGUAAUAAUCAUAAAAUGA